AUGGCGGCCCUGACUUUCCCCACGACGGCUUUCUGCUUGCAGGGCACCUUCGCGCCCGACAACGGGCAAGUCUUAGCCAGGGCUUCCAUCGGCAACUUGGGUCUGCUGGCGGACACGAAGCUCUUGGACCCUUUGUUGCGCCUAGUGCGGGCAGGCUGCGAUGGAGCUGAGCUGUCGGAGUUGACCCCCAUCUUUGCCUGGCUAGACCUCUCCUGCAUGAUAGUUUUGUUUCUCUACUUGGUAAGAUUCCGCUUCAUCGAGAUCCCGCGGCAAGCGAAGUUGGAUGACCUCGAGAGUGUUUCCGUGCAGGACUUUUCGGUUGUCAUCGACAACCUGCCCCCAAGAAUCGAGUACCAGGCCGAGGACUACGAGAGUCUUCUGAAAAGCCACCUGGAGGAGCGGAUGAAGGCUCUUCAGGGCUCUGGGAAGCCCGAGCCUGUGGCGCCUGCAGUGGCGGACAUCACACUGGUGCGAGACUUCUCUGGGAGGCUGGAGACUCUGAAAGCUCGCGGUCGCACGUUGCAGAGCAUCGAUGUUGCCAAAGCUUAUGGCAAAGACCAGGCGAUCUUCAAAGCCGAGAAGAAGCUGGCAAAACUGGACCGGCGAUUGCAGGUUCAUUUGGCACCUGACAGCGAGCUUCCAGUCAUCCGCGCCUACGUGAUUCUGAACCGAACCACAGACAAGAACUGCCUUCUGGAGGAUUACCGGCUUGACAACUUCGCCUUACUUCGCUGGUUUCAGCCUGCGUCGAAGCGCUUCCACGGGGCGGCGCUGCAAAUUCGCGAGGCCCCCCAGCCGUCGGAUCUCCUCUGGGAGAACCAGGACACGCCCUUUCGGAGUCGACUGCUCAGGCAGCUUUGUGUCGUUGUGACUUUUGUCCUCAUCCUGGCGUUCUCGGUUGUGUUGAUCUACGUGGCCACCGUUGUCGGCAAAAGAGAAGCGGGUUCGCAACUGAGCUAUAUAGGCAACGAGCAGUGUGAUCCUCAAAGGAUGUACUCCUCUGCGCCAUCAGAUGGUCACGUCUGCAUCGUGAGUGUCGCAAGCAACUGGACCAUGGACUUCGCCGUCUCGCGGGGCGGCAGCAUGUUAAACUGUUGGUGCGAGUCUCAAGGCUACAGCAAGCUGGUGGAAAGUGCAGCGCUCGUGAGCGCGUGUGAGCCCUGGUUCUUGAACGCAGCAAGAGGGAUCGGCAUCAUGCAGGCCGCCUCCGUGUUUGUUAUUGUCAUUAACAUGGUCCUUCAGAUGGCUUUGAGGGCCAUGGCCCAAUUUGAGCGACCUCUGUCGUUGACUGCCUUAUACAAGUCCAUGAUGGAGAAGAUUUUCAUCGCACAGACACUGAACACGGGUUUCGUAUUGUUUGUUGUCAACAUGCACGGCCCGCAAAGUCUCCGAGAUGUGAUGCGGGCCAUCCCGCUAAUCGGCAGCGCGCUGUUUGCAGGACCCUUUGACGACUUGACACGGGCUUGGUACGUUGAUGUGGGUGCAACCAUCACAACCAAUAUGUUAAUUAACAUGGUCGUCCCGCCUGCAAUUACCAUCUUGAACAUCUUCAAGACAUGGCUGAUGCGACGGUUCAAGAGAGGUAGAGUCAAGCACCACUCGGAGCUCAUCACGUUAUACACCAACCCUGAGUUUGACAUCAAGGUAAAGUACGCCCAGAUGCUCACGACAGUUUUCGUGUCGCUGACAUAUUCGGCCGGGAUGCCUUUGCUCUAUCUCUUCGCCUUUGGCUACAUGUGUUCCAUGUAUUGGGCGGACAAGGUGUCGCUUCUGUGGUGCUCCAAGCGGCCUCCUUCCUACGAUGCCCUUCUGCCGAAGGAGGCCUCGGAAAAGUUGCUCUACGCCGUCGCCCUCCACUGCUUCUUUGCAGUUUUAAUGUAUGGGCAAGCCUGCGUCUUUCCCUCCAAUCCGGCAGGGGGUGAUAUCGGAAAGCUCCUGGAAGAGAAGGGCGCGGCGGUCUUGAGCACCUCCAGGGCUGGUGGCCGAGAUUAA